AUGGAUUUCCCUCCUGCUGGACGUGGUGGCUGCUUCAACUGCGGCGAGGCCUCUCACCAGGCUAAGGAUUGCCCCAAGAAGGGAAACCCUACCUGCUAUAACUGUGGUGGCCAGGGUCACUUGAGCCGCGAAUGCCAGGAGCCCGCCAAGGAGAAAUCGUGCUAUCGAUGUGGCCAGACCGGACAUCUUUCCCGCGAAUGCCCCCAAGGCGGCGACAGCAACUACAGCGGUGGUUCCCAAGAGUGCUACAAGUGCGGACAAGUUGGCCACAUCGCGCGCAACUGCUCCCAGGGUGGUAACUACGGUGGUGGCUACGGUGGUGGCUACGGCGGUGGCUUUGGUGGUCCCGGUGGUGCCGGCGGUCGUCAACAGACCUGCUACUCCUGCGGUGGCUUCGGCCACAUGGCCCGUGAUUGUACCCAGGGCCAGAAGUGCUACAACUGCGGCGAGGUCGGCCAUGUCUCUCGCGACUGCCCUACUGAGGCCAAGGGUGAGCGCAUGUGCUACAAGUGCAAGCAGCCUGGCCACGUUCAGUCUGCCUGCCCCAACUAA